UUUAUUCUAACCAAUCCCACUCUUGCCCAGCAAAAGUUUUCAACGCAACGACUUUCUUCCGUGUUCCUUGCUUCGUCUGAACUUCGUGCGGGUCCAAUUCAAGAAAACGCUACCUCCUUAUCGUGCGGCCGGUCGACAAACGUCAAAAUAAACAACCUAACCUAAAACAUUCCUGUGGAUAUCAAGAAUGUAAGAAUUUGUUAACAGUAAAUAAUCGAUAUGACCUCUUACGGAAAAGCAGAAACAGAAAAACUCAAGCACAACCUGGAAAGCCAAUUGGACAGGCUCAUUGAACAGUUGGCGGAUCUAGAAAAUUGCAAAAAUGAUUUGGAACUUGAAGAGUAUGAAGAAACUAAACAAGAAACUAUGGAACAGCUUAAAGAACUGAAUGAUAGUCUGAAUAAGCUUGUUAAUGGAGAUAUUUCACUUAUAAGUGCCUUGGGUGCUGUGCAACUUGCAACACAAGCAGCCAUAUCUCAAGCCUUCAAAACACCAGAAGUUAUAAGACUUUUUGGGAGACGCGAACCUAAACAAUUAAGGGAGAGAUUGUCUACAAUAGAACAGGAAUUGAAGCUCAAUAAACUGAGUGUUACAGCUAGAAAUAGACAAAAGGCUGAAAUUUUAACAGCCUUAAGACAGCUUAAUGAGCAACUGUCCACAGAAGAACUACAGUUCCUUGAAAAUCAUAAUGAUGUAUCAAAUGCAUUCAAAAACAUUGAAUUUGAGUCUGUAAAUGAAUAAUAUUUAAUAAAAAUAACUAUUUUAAUUAUAA